AAUCAUUAUUCCGUAUAUGGUAUCAGAGCAUUAAAGGAAAUUUUUUCCUCUCCCAAAACCUAACGCCAUACCCCAAGCACCGUGCAUUCAUCGCCGGCCACCUCCAAGCUUCUCUUCGAUGAUCUCAGGCUUCCUCUCGUCGCAUCCCAUGGCACCCACCAUCACCAAGGACACCCCCGUGGUUCAACUCCACACCAAGACGCACUUCCCUAUCAAAUUGAUCUCCACCAACUUCUCCAUUUGGCAGUGCCAGGUUAGCUCCACGCUCAUCGAGUUUGUUGACGGUACUUUCCAUGCGCCACCGAAAGUCCUUGAAGGAGCGGCCAACCCUUGCUAUUCUAUAUGGUUCCGUCAAGAUCAAUCUAUCAUUGGAGCCUUACUUGGCAGCUGUUCCGAUCAGGUCCAGCCGCUUAUCACCACCUGUGAAACCGCGUGUGAGGCCUGGACGAAUCUUCAUGCCGCCUUUGCCAAUUCCAGCCGCAGCCACAUAGUCUCCUUCAAAUCACAAUUAGGCAAAAACCCUAAAGGUGAUCGUUCGAUGUCCGAUUAUCUCUUUGAUAUGCAAUCCAUUGCCAAUGAACUGGCGUUGGUUCAGAGUCCGGUUUCGGAGGAAGAUCUUGUUGUUCAUGUCCUCAACCAAGUGGGUGAUGAAUAUGACUCAAUCACCUCUGUUGCCCGUGUUCGUGCCAAUCUGAUGCCUCUCUCUUUGUCUAUCAUCAGGAUGGCACUAUUCUUCAUGGCUUACAACAACAACAACAACAACAACCCAGUUAAAUCCCACAAGAGUAGGGUCUGGGGAGGGUGUGUGUACGCAGACCUUGCCCCUACUCGAAAGUAGAGAGGCUGUUUCCAAAGAGACCCCCGGCUCAACGUCGAAAGUUGCAUUGCUUGACUAACUGCUACUUCAUUAAUUAGAGAAGCAAAGAUAGUUUAGAGAUCCAUUUUGAUUUAUUCCAUCACACCCCAAAGCCAAAAAAUGGUGAAAUUUUGG